GCCCCCCAAGAGGUGUCGGGGCGGGCGGGGGGCCAGGGAGGCCGCCCAGGGCGCUCGGGCGGCCUCUUGGCUGCAAAGGCUGGGAAAAGGGCAGGCGGUUCCUGGCGGCAGCGCGGAUGCCAUGGUGAUGGGCUGCUGCCGGCAUGAAUAGCCAUGAGCCGGGGGGAGCGGGAGGCCACCGAGCUGUGCCCUGAAUGCAAAGACCCCGGCACAAAGCGCCACGGCCACGCGUGGGGCUCCGGCGCGGCGGUGCCAGCGGCAGGUGCCACACGGCGACGUCCCCUCACCGCAGCACCCCAGGGUGCGGGCUGGGGUCCGGGUGGGAUGCGGGAGGCUGGAUGCCGUUCCCGUGGCAACGGCCGGUCCCAAUUUCCACCAAUCGAUGAGGCGGCGCGGGUGCGUGGCCUACAUAAGCCGCGGGAGCGCAGCGUGCGCGCACCCGGCAGAUGCGCCUGCGAAGCCAUGGGCAGGCUGAGCGGCACCCGGGCCCUGGCCACCCGCCGCUGGGGCUGUGCCGCCGCCUUCCUCCUCCUCCUCCUCACCGUGCAAGCCGCCCAAAAAGGCGACUUUAGCGGGGACUCCACGGCGGCCACCAUCAACCACUCGCUGACGCUGCUGCAGCGGCUGCAGGAGCUGCUGCAGAAUGGCAACGGCAGCGACUCGGUGCUGCGGGUCCGCUCGGCCACCUCCGAGGAGCCCAAGGUGUUCCACACGCACCAGCUGCUGCUGAGCCUCCAGAGCGAGGUCUUCGAGAGCCUCCUGCGCAACCAGAGUGUCGUGACCCUGUACGAGCCACCCGAGACCGCCGCGCUCUUCGAGAAGUUCAUCAGGUACCUGUACUGCGGGGGGGUCUCCAUCCUGCUGCACCAGGCCAUCCCCAUGCACCAGCUGGCCAGCAAGUACCGGGUCUGGGGGCUGCAGCGCGGCGUGGCCGAAUACAUGAGGACCCACCUGGCCAGCGAGUCGAGCCAGGGCCACGUGGUGGGCUGGUACCAGUACGCCGUGCGCGUGGGGGACGCGGCGCUGCAGGAGAGCUGCCUCCAGUUCCUGGCCUGGAACCUGUCCGCGGUGCUGGGCAGCGCCGAGUGGGGCUCGGUGAGCGUGGAGCUGCUGCUGCUGCUGCUGGAGCGCUCCGACCUGGUGCUGCACAGCGAGCUGGAGCUCUACACCGCCGUGGAGGGCUGGCUGAGCCGCCGGCAGCCCGAGGCGCCCGUGGCCGAGCGGGUGCUGCGCGCCAUCCGCUACCCCAUGAUCGCGCCCGGCCAGCUGUUCCGGCUGCAGGCGCAGUCGGCGGUGCUGGCGCGGCACCGCGGCGCGCUGCAGGACCUGCUCUUCCAGGCCUUCCAGUUCCACGCUGCCUCCCCGCUCCACUUCGCCAAGUACUUCGACGUCAACUGCAGCAUGUUCCUGCCCCGCAACUACCUCGCGCCCAGCUGGGGCUCCCAGUGGGUCAUCACCAACCCGGCGCGGGACGACCGCAGCACCAGCUUCCAGACCCAGCUGGGGCCCAGCAGCCACGACGCCGGCAAGAGGGUGACCUGGAACGUGCUGUUCUCGCCGCGCUGGCUGCCCGUCAGCCUGCGCCCCGUCUACUCGGACUCGGUGGCGGGCGCCAUCCAGCCCGUGCGCAUCGAGGACGGGCGCCCGCGCCUCGUCAUCACCCCGGCCACGAGCAGCCCCGACUUUGCUGGUGUCAGCUUCCAGAAGACCGUGCUGGUGGGCGUGCGGCAGCAGGGCCGCGUGCUGGUCAAACACGCCUACAGCUUCCACCAGAGCUCCGACGAGGCCGCCGAUUUCCUGGUGCACGCCGACCUGCAGAAACGCACCUCCGAGUACCUCAUCGACAACUCCCUGCACCUGCACAUCAUCAUCAAGCCUGUCUACCACUCCCUCAUCAAGGUGAAGAAGUAGCGAGGCGCAGCUGGGUCCUGCCAUGCUGGCCCCAGCGCCGUGGGGGGAACGCUUGGUCCCGUAGGUAGAUGGGGGUCCCCUCGCUGGGUGGCUCCAGGACUGAGCUCUGCACUGCCCAGCCCUCCCUGAGAGUUCCCUGCCACAUCCCAUCCCCAUCGCUGUCCCUGGGGAUGGAGGAGGCUGGGAGCGCCCCAGACCCAUGUAGGGGGUGCAGGAGGUGAAAUGUGCAGCCCGUGGACACAUCACAGACCCGAACGGGUGUGGGGUGGGGACAGGGACAGCCCAUCCUUCCCGUGAGGCAGCCCCGGGGUCCCUCUGUGUGGGCAGCUGGGUCCAGCUCAGGAGCAAGCGGAGCUGCCCAGUCUGGGGGUGAGGGGCCCAUCAGCCUCCCCCAGGGGAGGUCGGGUGGGGGGCACCAUCCCCGCUGGCAGUGGCAGCUGCCCCAUCCCUGUCCAGGUACCCCCACCCCUUUCCUAAUAAAGCAGAAAACGAG